GGCGGCGCGAGCCCGGAAGCGGACGGGGGCGGUGGCUGAGGUGGCGGAGGCGGAGGCGCCUCGGGCCCGCCGGGGUUGCGGCUCCGUCCUCUAACCUCCGUUCCUCCGGCCUGCAGCCCGGCAGCCAUGCAUCCUUCGCCCCCAGGCCCGCUGGAUGACUGCCUGCGGGACUGGGAGAAUCUGCAGCAGGACUUCCAGAGCAUCCAGGAGGCCCAUCGGCUGUACCGCCUGAAGCUGGAGGAGUUGACCAAGCUGCAGAACAACUGUACCAGCUCCAUCGGUCGGCAGAAGAAGCAGCUCCAGGAGCUGGGCCUUGUCCUGAGGAAAUGCAAACCCUCCCUCCCGUCAGGGGCCAAGGAGGCUGUGCAGGAGCUCGAGAACCAGAUCAAAGAGCGCCAAGGGCUCUUCUUCGACAUGGAAGCCUAUCUGCCCAAGAAGAAUGGGUUGUACCUGAGCCUGGUUCUGGGUAACGUCAACGUGACACUCCUUAGCAAGCAGGCUAAGUUUGCCUACAAGGACGAGUACGAGAAGUUCAAGCUCUACCUCACCAUCAUCCUUAUCCUCAUCUCCUUCACCUGCCGCUUCCUCCUCAACUCCAGGGUGACAGAUGCUGCCUUCAACUUCUUGCUGGUCUGGUACUACUGCACCCUGACCAUCAGAGAGAGCAUCCUCAUCAACAAUGGCUCCCGGAUCAAAGGCUGGUGGGUUUUCCAUCACUAUGUGUCGACGUUCCUGUCGGGAGUCAUGCUGACGUGGCCCGAUGGCCUCAUGUACCAGAAGUUCCGGAACCAAUUCCUGUCCUUCUCCAUGUACCAGAGCUUUGUGCAGUUCCUGCAGUAUUACUACCAGAGCGGCUGCCUGUACCGCCUUCGGGCCCUGGGGGAGAGGCACACCAUGGACCUCACUGUGGAGGGCUUCCAAUCCUGGAUGUGGCGGGGCCUCACCUUCUUGCUGCCCUUUCUUUUCUUUGGACAUUUUUGGCAGCUUUUUAAUGCACUGACCCUGUUUAACCUGGCACGGGACCCUCAGUGCAAGGAGUGGCAGGUGCUCAUGUGUGGCUUCCCCUUCCUGCUUCUCUUCCUUGGCAAUUUCUUCACCACCCUGCGGGUUGUGCACCAGAAGUUCCAUAGUCAGUGGCACAGGAGCAAGAAAGAAUGAGGCUGGGGCUUCCCCUGUAGCCAGUGCAUCUCCUACAGCAGUUUCCGGCCCUAAGGGGUUGCUUCGUCACAUGUUGUCUGAGGGGUGGGAGGCGCCUCUCAUGUAGGAGGGUCUCACCCACUCUCUCCUGGGUUUUGUGGGCUCUGUGGGCCCUGAAGGCUAUGCUGGAGAGGAAGGCCUGGGUUUGUGUCCCAGCCCCUGCAGGGAGCUGGGGGCCU